GUUUCAUGCUAGCUUACUACUGGUGUCUUAAACACGAGCAGCUCCUGUCCUGCUCUCCGCACAACAACAAACGCGCUUUCCGCGACAGGAAGACGAGCGAGACAGAGACACGGACAGACAUAUAGCGUGUAUUUUUGACGACAGAGAUCCUGGUGAAGUUGCGAGCGUGUGGAUGAGUGGAUUUAAGGGGGACAAAAAACACGUCGCAUCCACAUUUUCUUGGCAGACUUUGGAGGACAGAGCAGCGGCCGCGGACUGUCCGCUCCACCGUAACCUGACCUCGUGCUCCUGUCUCGGUGUCUCUCCCUCUGCUGUUUGGUCCUUUUUAAUGAGGAUUAUCCCCUUCAGUGUCGGAGCAGCAGUCUGAGAGGAGAACACAGCGAGCCAGUGAGAAUGAAGAUCUGCUCAGCGGUGUGACUUCCUGGGAUGCUCGACCGACCUGCACCUCGCGCUUGUCUAAGGCCUCCAGAAGCUGAACGCAGGGUGUCAUUGACAGAGCAAGUGACCCCUCAGAGCUGCCAUCAUGGCCCUGGUUCAGGCUCUGCCCAUAUCUGCUGAGCCCCACAACCCAGGCCUCAGUGGAGGAGCCCGCAGGAGACACCCCUCCAGCUCUUCACCCCCCACUAACGCACCAUCCUCCACUCUGGAUCCAAUGGGUUCUGUCAGCAGUCUCAUCGCUGCACGCCCUGGCCCCUACCAGGACCACCGCUCUGCUGGUGAGCUGGGAGCCAGGGUCCGGCGGCCAACACCAGGCGCCUCCUGCCUGGGCUCUGAAUCACCACUGGACCCCUUACUGCAGAGCAUCCCGCCUCUCAAGAAGCAGAGCUCCACAACGUCCAGCAGGCCGCUGGAGAAGGAGAGCGGGAACGGGAACUACACCUAUCUGAACGAGGACUAUGUGGAUGACUGGAACGACAACCACAUAACACCUCCCAGCCCUGGGAGUGACAUAGACGAGAUUAAAGAAGGAUUAGGUUUGAAUGGGAACAUGGGGGGACCUCCACCAAAACUGAUCCCUGUGUCAGGAAAACUUGAACGAAACAUGGAGAAAACAGUGUUGCGGCCCACCGCCUUCAAACCCAUCAUUCCUAAGAGCCGUACCUCCAUGCAGUACCUCUCCCCUCGCCACUCGUCCAACGCAUCAGAAAGCCAAAACAACCUGAACCUGCUCAGCCCCACCCACAGAGAGGUGUCACCCUCCUGCCCCGAGAAAUGCAACUUAUACAGCCGGAGCCGUAACAGCGGCGGCGGCGGCAGCAGCCAGUCCUGUCAACUCUCCGAGGCUGAGCGCACCUCCCUCUCCAGCCUCCCGCCGUACAGCAGCGCCGGCUACAGCCAGGCACCAGGGGAGGCCCCCGCAGGCCAGCUGGAGCCCAUGAAAAGCGCUCCGCCAGCCAGCGGACACGGACACUCGAACUCGGACAGCGGGCGCUCAUCUUCCAAGAGCACAGGCUCCAGCUCGAUGAGUGGCCGAGGACAGCCGCCGUCUGACAGCGGGUCCUCCGGGCGCUCCCCAGGCCCCGUGGAGGGUUAUGAGGGGGUGGUGAGGGACCUGGAGGACAAGCUGAGGGAGAGAGAGCUGGAGCUGCAGCAGCUCAGAGACAACCUGGAUGAGAAUGAAGCUGCAAUUUGCCAGGUUUAUGAGGAGAAGCAGAAGCGCUUUGAGCUGGAGCUGGAGGAGCUGAGGCAGGGCUGUGCCACCAGGAUGCAGGUGGCCUCGCAGAAGGCCCAGCGAGCUCAGCAGGUGCUUCAGUUGCAGGUGUAUCAGCUCCAGCAGGAGAAGAAGAAGCUACAGGAGGACUUUGCUCAACUGCUGAAGGAGAGGGAGCAGCUCGAGGAGCGCUGCACCUCCUACGAGCAUGAGAAGAUCCAGCUGGGCCCUCGGCUGGAGGAGAGCAAGUGGGAGGUCUGUCAGAAGUCCGGGGAAAUCUCGUUGCUGAAGCAGCAGCUGAAGGAGGUGCAGGGAGAGUUAGCCCAGCGUGUGGGAGAGAUCGUUUCACUGCGUGGACAACUCAGAGAGACUCGUGGCGAGCUGACAAACACCCAGGUCCUGCUUCAGGAGGCCCACGGCAUGACCCGCACACGAACCCUGGAGCUGGAAGUGUGUGAGAACGAGCUUCAGCGGCGCAAGAGCGAAGCGGAGCUGCUCAGAGAAAAGGUAGGACGCCUCGAGGGAGAGCUGGCUCAUCUCAGAGAAGCUUUGGCCAAUCAGGGCCCUGGAAACCGACAGUGUCAGGUGUUCCAGGAAGCAGAGGAGCACCUGCUCGCCUACGAGAGUGAUGAGGCAAAGGCCCAGCGGCAGAGCAGCAACGACGCAUUGCAGAACAUGAAGACGCAGUUGGACAGGAUGAGGGCCGAGCUGGCUUUCGAGCGGCAGCACGCCGAGCAGCAGACAGGAAGCUUCGAGGAGGAGCGCAAGAUAUGGCAGGAGGAGAAGGACAAAGUUAUCCGCUACCAGAAACAGCUGCAGCAGAACUAUGUGCAGAUGUACCGCAGGAACCGAGAGCUGGAGCAGCUCCUGCAGGAGCUCAGUCAGGAACUGGAGAGCAGAGAGGAGGACGAGGGCAGCGGCAACGAGAUCAACUUUGACGAGAUCGCCGCCACAGAAAUUUGACCCUUGUGUCUCUCCAUCUUUUGAUUUGCACUACCGUCAGCUAUUUUCUCUUUUGUGCCGUCUAGAUGAAAAACGCAGUUGUUUAAAACGACACACAGUCAGAUUGGCAUCAACACAUCUGCAGUGUAAAAUCAGCCACACUUUAGUCCUGCCUCAUUAGUUUGUUCUCCAAGGAGUCCCACUUGAAAGCCAGUGGCCUCUAUUAGCCGUUAGUAGGCCACCUCAGUCCUCUGCCCCUCCGUUGAUGUCUGUCUUAGCGUUAGCACUAACUAACGAGACUCCCCUGUCCCUCUUUCCCAGUUUUAGACAUCUGUGGGAGACUUUGUUGUGUGUGAGUAACUUCUCCCAACCUUUAACCAUCCUCGUGUGUGGGUGAGGACUCCACCUUCCCUGCUGGGUUUAGCACUGCACACCUACUCUGCAUUAGCAGUCAGCUCUCAUUAGUGCAGUCAGUUUUAAUGGAGCCCACGCUGUUGUCAUUUGACAGUGAAUGUGGGAUACCACACAUUCAGCAUGUCAUGAUGAGAGUGAGUGAAUCAGAGCGAGGCGCUAAUGAUGGCAGCUGCACUCUGGGGGUGACGGCUUGGUUUUAUUGUCCUCCCUCAAAACCACUCAAGCCUUUAUGUAAAUUACAUCAUGACCAACAAGUAAAUAGAUGUUUCUUAAACAAACAAA